GGCAGGAGGGCACUGCCUGCCAGCAGGAGCAGGAGGCCCAGCCAGGACAAGGGCUCAGACCCACUCUGCUCUCAGCAGCAGCAGCAGCAGCAGCUCCACUAUGCCAGUUGCCCCAGCCAAAGUGGCAGCCCGGCUGGCUCAGGGAGUCACUGCAAAGAGAGCAGUGGUGGCGCUCUUGGUGGCGGCAUACGGGGCCAAGAAGCUGUACCCACUUCUGCGGCGACAGUGGGCGGCCUCCAACCUCAGGGUGAAUGCUGGAAACGCCGAUGCCAGCGAGCCGCUGGCCAAGUGGGGGUCGACGGACGAUGCGACGGCGGGGUCACCCCCUGGGGUAAACAGGGUGUUCUUCCUUCGCCUGCUACGUCUCCUGCGGCUGAUCUUCCCCGGGCCACUGUGCCGGGAAACGGGGCUCCUGGCCUUGCAUUCGGCUGCCCUGGCCAGCCGCACCUUCCUCUCGGUCUACGUGGCCCAGCUGGAUGGGCGCUUGGCCCGCUGCAUUGUCCGCAAGAACCCCCACGACUUCACGUGGCAGCUGCUCCAGUGGCUCCUCAUUGCUCUCCCAGCCACUUUUGUCAACAGUGCCAUCAGGUACCUGGAGGGACAGUUGAGUCUGGCUUUCCGUGGACGUUUAGUGGACCAUUCCUAUCGGUUGUACUUUGAGGGCCAGACCUACUAUCGGGUCAGCAACAUGGAUGGGCGCCUGCGCAACCCUGACCAGUCACUCACAGAAGACCUGGUGGCUUUUGCUAACUCCGUGGCUCACCUCUACUCCAACCUGACCAAACCGGUGCUUGACCUGAUCGUGACCUCCUAUACCCUGGUCAGCUCGGCCAGAUCCAAGGGGGCUGGCACAGCCUGGCCUUCCCUCAUUGCUGGCAUGGUAGUCUGCAUCACUGCCAAAGUGCUACGCGCCUGUUCACCCAAAUUUGGCCAACUGGUGGCCGAGGAGGCACGUCGGAAAGGGGAGCUGCGCUACAUGCAUUCCAGGGUAGUGGCCAACUCCGAAGAGAUUGCCUUCUAUGGGGGGCACAAGGUGGAGCUGUCCCUUCUCCGGUACUGUUACCAUGAGCUGGCCUCCCAGAUCAACGUGCUGCUCCUCGAGAGGCUCUGGUACGUCAUGCUGGAGCAGUUCCUCAUGAAGUACGUGUGGAGCGCUGCUGGCCUCGUCAUGGUGGCCGUGCCCAUCAUCACUGCCACGGGCUACGCUGAGACAGAUACGGAGGCAGUGAAGCAGGCCGCGCAGGAAAUGGAAGAGCAGGAGCUGGUGAGCCUGAGGACAGAAGCCUUCACCACUGCCCGGAGCCUGCUGACCGCAGCAGCGGAUGCCACCGAGAGGGUCAUCUCCUCCUACAAAGAGGUCACGGAGCUGGCGGGAUACACAGCCCGCGUCUAUGAGAUGUUCCAGGUGUUUAAGGACGUGAAGCGCGGCAACUUCCGACGGCCUGGAGAGCUCGAGGAAGGGCUGCCUCGAGCUGGGGCAGUGAUGAAGCAUGGCGUGCGUGUAGAGGGGCCGCUCCAGAUAAAAGGGCGCGUGGUUGAUGUUGAGCAAGGAAUCGUCUGUGAAAAUAUCCCUAUCAUCACCCCCACGGGGGACGUGGUGGUCAGCAGCCUUAAUAUCCGGGUAGAAGAGGGCAUGCACUUGCUGAUCACUGGCCCCAACGGCUGUGGGAAGAGCUCGCUGUUCCGGAUCCUGGGGGGGCUCUGGCCAACCUAUGAAGGCGUCCUCUACAAGCCGCCCCCCCACCGCAUGUUCUACAUCCCCCAGAGGCCGUACAUGUCUGUGGGGACCCUGCGCGACCAGGUCAUCUACCCCGACACAGUAGAAGACAUGGCCCAGAAAGGGCGGACGACGGCGGACCUGGAGCGGAUCCUGAACAUUGUCAACCUCAAUUAUAUCGUCCAGCGGGAAGGAGGCUGGGAUGCUGUCAGUGACUGGAAGGAUGUGCUGUCCGGUGGCGAGAAGCAGCGCAUGGGGAUGGCCCGGAUGUUCUACCACAGGCCGAAGUACGCUCUCCUGGAUGAAUGCACCAGUGCCGUCAGCAUCGACGUGGAAGGCAAGAUCUUCCAGGCAGCAAAGGAUGCUGGGAUAGCAUUGCUCUCAAUCACCCACCGGCCUUCCCUAUGGAAGUACCACACACACCUCCUACAGUUUGACGGGGAGGGCGGCUGGCAUUUCGAGAAGCUGGACCCUGCAGCCCGCCUCUCUCUGCGGGAAGAGAAGCAGCGCCUGGAGCAGCAGCUGGCCGGCGUCCCCAAAAUGCAGCAGCGCUUCAGUGAACUCUGUCAGAUCCUGGGCGAAGGCACUGCCUCUGAGGUGGGACAGGUCUGAGGAGCGUCCCUCUCCCCUCUCCGGGACCCACUCGGUUCCGUGUGCUUGAGAUGAGGGUUCCGUGUCUGGAUCUGCACAGGAGGGCCAGCUGUUGUCUCGGCGAAUGAAAGAAGAGUCGCCUUCCCCAUGCCAGGCAUUUCCUUGUUUCUGACUCCCUUUUCCUGUGCACCUAGUAAGCUGCCUCGCUGGCCUGCGUGUUUGGGGCUGGAAGGAAAGCAGCAGUUGGCCCGUUCUGUCAAAUGAGAGUCCAAGCCGAGGGUGCGUCACAGUGCCUGAAGAUCCUGAGACAGGAACCUGCCGGGGUUCUUGUGUGAAUUGUCUUGCUUCACUGCCAGUCUCUGCCCCAUAUAUAUAUCCACUGAUGUUUUAGAGGGAGCACCCGCCCAGCAACUGCCCUCUCCUCUUGGGAGACCCCUGGGCUUCAGAUGGACCAAACACAGGCCUUUCUUCACGAAACAACAGCACAAAAGUCUAUAUGAAUCAAAGCCACAAAUGCAGCGCUCCCUGUGGUUGCCCUUUGUUUAUUUAUUUUAGCCGCACCUUCACUGCCACGGUCAUUGGUGUACUACACAAUUCUGUAGUAGCCAGUGUGACAAUUUUUUUAAAGAAAACCUUUCUCUAGGCAGCACUUUGUUGAAAUGACAGCUGCGAGAGCAGGUUGAGAAAUGCUCGUCGUUCUAGGCCAUCAGUUUCAACUGUGUUGGAGAACCUGCCCCCUCCCCGGAGAUCCUCAAAAGCUUUUCAGGAGUGAAAAGAUGGAAAUGAAUGUCCAAAAGACGCCCUUCUUCCUCUGCUGAGCAGGGCCUCAUUGGAAACCAGGCAUAUGAUAAAGGCAGCUUAACUCGUCAAGUUCGUUUGGGCCCUGCAGGAGCUUAUGAGCUUGCCCUAAAGUGCAUCCUCCCUGGAAUACAGGGAACCUGCAGGGUCGGUUUUAGGGCAUGCUCUUAAAUUUGCCGAGAGUGAUUUCCUCAGCAGAGAAACUGUGAAAAAGGUUCUCGACAGAAGUUUCUGAAAACUGUUCGGACCUUUGCCCAGGAGCUCUUGAGAAUAUAAAAUCCGGCUUGGGUCGCUUCUAAUGCCUGACGGUUUUAAUUUUUAGGGUGGUGUUUUCAGCCAAGAUGGGCUUCCUUGCCAAAGCAGUGGAACUGGGGGUGGCCACAGAAGAAUUCUUGUGAGGUUUUUGUUAACAGCUCUUUUUCACUUGAAUGUGUCGACAAUUUAACACACGCAGCCAUUGUAGAACAUGUUUACCGAGAUGCGUUAAGUGCUGCUGGAAAAGCUUCUGGUUUAAUUUUAUUCACCAAAUUCCAGGUGUGUGCAUGUCCAUAUAGAAAGUGAGGCUUUGGCCCACAGAGGCACAGUAGUGUACCUUUGCCACCAAAGGAGGAGUGAAAUAUGCCUCUGUUAGACUGUGCAUCUCUUUAGCUCUGGGAGAGAUGCUUCCUCAUUUACUGUUGCUAGGCCCGGGUUCUGCACAUAGAUGCUUCUGUUCUGAAAAAGAGCUCUCUUUUAAGUAGACUCACGGAGCUUUUCUCUUUAGAAAAGAAAGAGAGAGACUUGCUGCUAGUUUGUGUUUCUUAUGUGAAAGAACAGACCCGCCAAGUAUUCUUGGCGGGUGUUUGAAAUGUGUAUUAGCUGUAGCUGUCACAAGUGUUUUAGUCCCAAGAUGCCAACUUCUGCAGUUUUCCCCUGCCACAGGCCUGCCCUGCUUCUGUGACCUGCUGCGUCCUCCUCUCCCCUUCUUCUCCCCUUCUCUACCCAUUCCUGCAACCAGGGCAGAUUGGGAUGUUAAGGCUGCCCUGAAGUGAGUUGGUCCAAGGGCUAGCCACUGUUGGCUAGGACCCGGUGCUGGUAGAGCCUAGCAAGCCGCUGCCUGCUGCUGCCGCAGCCCCAGUUAAAAUCCUCUGCAAAGCUGCCAUGGGGGGCGGGGGAGUUUGGGCUCAGCUUGCCCCGCCCUCCCAAGCAGCGGGGAGUGAAAGGGCCUCUCCUCCUCUACCAAAGAUGCCCACCCUGUGCCACCAGUCUCUGAAAAGGAGGAGGAGCUCAGAUGCAACCACAAACAAAGUGCCCCCCCCCCACACACACUGAGGGCCCUCAGAGGCUCAACUGGCUGGCUGGGCCUUGAGGGGGUCCGUCAUCUGCUCCUGCAGUCCACAAACCACUUAAUCCGUCCCCGAUGGGGGCCGCUCUGCAUGGCUGCCUUUACCUUUACUGUGGCAGCCCUACAAACUGCACAGACCUCGCCUCGCAACUUCGAGCCCAGGGGCAACCUCCAGCUGGUUGCAUGAGACUCCCCCCCCACACCCCUAGCUGACAUCUAGCCCCGGUCUGGGCGAGCCGUCCCAAACUGGAAUGAACAUGUGGCUCUGAAACUCGAGUUGCUCAGGGCAGAAUGAAGAUGUCGGCGAAAGGUCUAGACUUUUAGGGAAGUAAAUAAUGCCAUGCACAUUUGGGGGUCUGCUGCACUGGCAGAAAGCCUUGCGGCCUGGCCCUGAUCUCAGUGGAUUCCUCUGGAGCUCCCCUCAGCUAAGACGUGACAAAAGCUUUGCGUAGCAAGAGAGUUUUUCUAGCACUUCAGUCAGCAAGUCAGGACGUGCCCUGGGCUUGAAUCAAACCCACAAGUCACCAGGUAGGUCUGAGACUUGCUGAAGCCCAGGAGUGUAAAACUGCUGUCCUGUCGGCAUGCUUUGGGGCCCUGCUUCUUAGUCGGGGGCUUUGGGCCACAAUGGGGCUGCCCCCCCCAAGGCCUCUCCGCCUCCCUCUGCCCCCCUCGCUGCUCCCAUCCCUUUCUCCACUGCUUGGGAUCCCUCCCAGCGCUCUGAUCCAGCUGCUGUGCCCACAUGUAAGGAUCGUGGCCGUCAGGGCUGGAGCCUAGGCAGGCGGUUCACUCAGGGGAAUUGUGUUUUGUGCUGAGGAGCACAGAAGCAGGUCUUCCCCAAUUUGAGCUGGGGGGAGGGGGGAGUCGUUCUGAUCUCACCCGUAGACCAGCACCCUUGGCUCCCUCGCUCAGGCUGGAUCCACAUCCUUUCAAGAAAGUGAGGUUGAGAGGAAGUGCCAGUCGCCAGGGCAGGGGGGAGUGACUCUUUUUAAUACUCCCCUGUGUUUUAAAAAAAAUAAGACUCUCUCUGGGACACAGUUUAGCCACUGGCCGACUGUCCUCCUCUCUGGUGUGCUAGCUUUGGGUGCACCAACGCUGUCUUCCCUCGGCAGUCUGGAGUGGUACACCCACCUCAUUCUGCUGUGUGCAUAGCUUAGGCCUGCGCUGUGCUCAGUUCCUGGGGGCUGGGGAAGAAAAGGGGAAAUUGUCCCCUGGCGGCUGCUCUCCCUGCCUGCCUGGAGAAGAAUAGUUAGCAAUCUCGGGCUCCCGUUCUCUCCCCGCCCCCCCCCCCAUUCCCUCUUGGUAGAAUAGUUCUGCCAUUGCCCUGAGAAGCAGAGGCAACGUGUCCACCACCAGCUCAGACCCCCUUGCUUUCAUUCCUGGUCAGACCCUCCUGCCAAACAAGUUCAGGCAAGCUAAGGUGCAAGCUUGUGAGUGAACAGACCAAACCCUACUCUUACUGGUGGAAAAUUUUGAGCUUCUCAUCAUGGAACAGCCUCGAAACUAUAAAUAAUGGCAGCAGAGAGGACUUCUGGAUGCAUUGAGAUUUUGGGCUCAACUGAUUUUUUUUCCCCACCCUUCCCUCCAUUAACUUUAAUGGUAAACGUUGCUAGUUUAUAUCAAUCCAGCAUCUGUCCUUGUGAGUUCUGUAAGAGAUUUUUCAAAACCUACUUCUUAAUCUUUUGGCCCAUCUUUGAAUCCUGCCAUUCACUGCACACUGUACACCCUUGGAGAAAAACCCAGCAGGCACCAAAUGCCGUUGGAUUGUGCUUCAUGUUGGGGGAAGGAGGGGAGAAGGGAGAGGGUGCCCCGCCACAAGGGUUGAGCCUGGGUCCAAAUAAAGAUUCCCACAGUGGAAUUUGCCUGCUCCGGUGCCAGAAUUUCACAAACUAUGCAACAAAGAGUCUCUUUCUCUGCUGUUUUGUACAUGCAAAAUUUGCCACCCCACCCCUUUCCCCCUAUUCUCAGAGUGCCUUAUAUGCUGGCAGAAGCCAGGUCUGUUCAGAUGAUCAUAAUAAAAUAUU